AUGAAGCUGCUGGUAGGAUUUUUGUUCGUCUCCGCAGUCAAUUUCCCCAACGCAACCGGCACAUUGCGCCGAGCGCUGGUCCUACCCGAGACGGAGUACGAAAGAAUUCUGGAACAGUCCGGGCCAUCGAACCGGAAUGCCGUGAACGUGGACGGGGCGAGCUCGUUCGGGACGUUUCGCUGCGAGGAUGGAUUCUUCCGGUGCAACAACACGCUUCAAUGCAUCGAGCAGAGCAAAAACUGCAACGGAUUUCCCGACUGUGAUGACGGUUCGGACGAGCUCGAGUGUGAUGAUGACGUUGGAAGGAAUUAUUAUGAUCAUUACUUUCGCAAGCGACCGGCUGCCAUCAACGAUCAGCUACCAUACACACCGUGCAACUGGAACGAUGCCAACAACACCUGCAAAUGUCGCGGGACGGAUGUGCUGUGCGAAUACAAGGGUCUCACGUCGUUACCGGCGGUACUCACCUCGGAAAACGUCACACUACUCGAUCUCACUGGGAAUGUGUUUAUUGAGCUGAAUAUGAAUGUGUUCCAGCGGUUUCCAAAGCUCAGCACAUUAGUCCUGCGGCACUGUUCGAUCGAGCGUAUCCAACCGGUCCGGCUGGCCAACAGCAUCGACGCCCUCCAUCUCGACCAGAACGGGUUGACGAUGCUUCCGGAUAACUUUUUCCCACCCGGUACGGUGCUGAGAAUAUUGGUGCUGAGCGGCAACCGAAUCAACCGGUUGGGAAGCAGGAACUUUGUAAAUCUGGAAUUUCUCGAGGAGCUCGACUUAAAAGACAACCAGAUCGAUUCACUAACGGAAGAUGUGCUGGUACCGUUGACGAAUCUUCGCAUACUGUAUCUAAAUAACAACAGACUACGGAAGCUGGUGCCGGGUAUGAUACCGCAGCUGGUAACACUGCAGACACUGUCACUGGCGAAGAACCAAAUCGAAACGAUAGAAGUGUGUGCCCUAGAUCUUCCGUCGCUAGAGCAUCUCUAUUUGUCGGAGAAUUUACUCACCGUGAUCCGAAACGACACGUUCGGCAACCUAACGAAUUUAGUAGGAUUAUUUUUAAAUAGCAACAAAUUAACCCAUUUCGAGCUGGAUGCGUUCAGCGGAAUAGCUAAGCUGGCGACACUAAACCUGCAAGGAAACAGAUUUGAUCGAAUCGAUCGGCGUGUACUGGAUAACCUCACAAACCUGCACCACAUACAUUUCACCGAAUUUCAUCACUGCAAAGCCGCUCUGCACGUGCGUGUGUGCGAGCCAAAAGGCGACGGUAUCAGCAGCAACCGGCAUCUGCUCGAUAAUCCUGUACUGAGAGCUAGUGUGUGGAUAAUGGCGGCGGUAGGUAUUGUGGGGAAUUUGCUAGUACUGUUCGGUCGUUACAUGGUAGGAUCGCGCAGUAGUCAAGCACACGCGGAACAUUCCCUGUACUUGCGCCAUCUGGCGGCAAGCGAUUUGCUAAUGGGUGUUUACCUUGGAAUCAUUGCAACUGCGGACAUUAUCUUCAGGGGUGAAUAUCUUACGCACGACGAGGAAUGGCGCAUGAGUUCGAUCUGUGCGUUUAGUGGCUUUCUGAGUACACUCAGCUGCCAAUCGUCGACGCUGCUGCUGACACUCGUCACCUGGGACCGACUAGUGUCGGUAACGCGUCCACUCUACCAACGCUCGAGCAGUAAAACACGCGUCAUCCUACGGCUAGCACUGCUCUGGGGCGUUGCAACGGCCGCCGCAGUGGCACCACUCUCGGCGACGGAAUAUUUCGGACCACACUUCUACGGCAGCAAUGGUGUGUGUCUUUCCGUUCAUAUUCACGACCCGUACGCGAUGGGUUGGGAGUAUUCGGCCGGGCUGUUUAUACUGGUGAAUACGGUCUCGUUGCUGUUCAUUGGCAUCUCGUACCUGAGGAUGCUGCAGGCGAUUCGUGUGUCCCGAAACGAAACACGAAACACACUGAACUGCCGGGAAAAAGUAGUCGCCAGAAGGUUCGCCAUCAUCGUUGCAACCGAUUGUGUCUGCUGGAUGCCGGUGAUUGUAGUCAAAUUAGUUGCCCUGGCAGGAUAUGAAAUUUCUCCUUCACUGUACGCGUGGCUUGCGGUGCUGGUUCUGCCAAUCAAUUCCGCCCUCAAUCCCGUACUGUACACACUAACGACGGCCCAGUUUAAGCAACAGCUCGCACGUUUCUGCUAUACGCUACCGUGUGGCGCUCACACAGAAUACGAUUCAGCCAUCGACUCGCGGAACUCGAUGGCUCAGUUUUCACACAACGGAAGCAAACGUCUGAUGAAUCGAAGGGAACGACUAUCUUCAAACACGAAGGUGUACGAGUUCAAAUAGCAGUUGUCGAACGGGGGAGGAAGUGGCCGGCGCAGUGUUCGCGUUCGGCAUCGUCCUUCGGAUGCGUCCGAUACGUCCGAUCACCGUCAUCAUCGUCACUGCUUCCUGCCGAACAGUGUUCACCAUCAAUCGAAACAAAGCCACCCGGGCACGGGAUCUACGGGAAUGUUGCGUGUGCCCUCCUCGCUACCUUCCUCCCCCUCGACGAUCAUUACCAACAUCGAGCAGGAUCGUGAGGAACGGGACAUACCGAUUGAGAUGGCGGCACUGGUUGUGUACGAUCAGAAUGGACCAAAUCCGAGCCGUUUUCAUGCGCCGACAGGUACCGUUCCGGGUUACAGCCAGAGUCAGGGCCAGGGACAAAUU